AUGCACCUUAACGCGAGAUAUAAAGAUCCUCGUAACCUAAAGGAGUUGUUAACCGAGUUCAAAGUCGAGAAUGUAGAAUUCGAAAACUGGAUCGAUAUCAUUCCUGGUAGUUACCGAUGGUGGUUCGUUGAUACCGACCAACAGAUGAAAUUAGAAGAUAAGAUGUUGGGUGAAACAAUUUACCCAAGCGGAUUACGCUAUAAUGAUGAAAUGUUAUUAUACCUACUAACGAGUGGAAAAUUGGUCUUUGUAAAAUACUUUUUCAAAAACUACACCGAAACAAACACAAGAGGGUUUAAACUCAAAGAAAUACUUGAGAAUAUAAUUGAUGAGGAUUGGUUCACUGAACAGAAGAGACAG